AUGAUGGGAUUCAAGAAAAAGCUGACAUCAUUGCUCCCUUCAGAUGCUCGAAACCAUCUACAAAAUGUGCUGACCGUAGAAUGGGAAGGACAAGGGAAGACUGUUCUAGUUGACUUACCGGACCAAAGCAAUGAGGAUAAUGAAGUGGAAAUGGCUGGGUUGACUGGUAGCGGUGGUGGUGGUGGCACUUAUGGUAGAUUAAUAGAUGAUGAUGAGGACGAACGACCAUAUCAGCGACCUUCCCGAUCUGCCUAUAAUCAGAAUUACGAUCGACAUGGUGAUACAAACCAGCCUCCUUCAAAACAUAAAAAUCAAAGUUAUGCAUCAAAAUCAUUACCGCCUUUACCGCCCCAUUUAAUGGGUGUAAACGGUGCUGCGAUCGGUGGCGGUUGGGGAGGGGGUGGGAUGAGAGAAUCAUCGAGUAACACAGGAUAUGUAAAUCAAAAUCCAUUUGAACCUGAAUACAAUUCACCUCAACCAUCAUCAUCUUCAACUUAUUCUUCAAGUCCAUAUACGUCAUUCACACCUCAAAUGAAUAAUCCACCUUCAUUCUCCAACGAUAAUUACGCCUACAACUCAAAUCCUAAUGGUAGAGAAAAGAAAAUGCCUAAUCCAUGGACUAAAUAUCGAGCGGAUGAUAUAGAUUUAUUAGGUGAUUUAGGUGCAAAUGCAGUAGAAAGUCCAACAAGUUCGAGAGGGACAAGAGAUAGUGCAGCAAGCAAUCUGGAAAACCCAUUCAGGUGA